UUCAUUCAAGAUUAGCAAAAUUUUCAUGAGAUGGGCUUCAAUGAUUCAAAGCAAGUUAUAAACUGGGCAUCCAUCACGAAACAAGAAUAUGCUGACGUGGAAUCAACAUCCUCCAAUAACAGUGAUUCAAUGACGUCAUCAUCGUUUUCUUCCUCUCUAUCAUCGUCGUCAUCAUCAGAGUUAGCAGAUGAUGCAUCAUCGUCACCUUCUUCAACUUCAUCUAAUAAUGCACCACUUUGUAGCGGUCCUCUUUAUCAAUUAACCGAACUCAUGGCCCAACUACCCAUUAAAAGGAGUUUAUCAAAGUUCUAUAACGGGAAAUCACAAACUUUUGCAUCGUUGGGAGAUGUGAAGAGUGUGGAAGAUCUUGCAAAGAAGGAUAUGAGUUACUGCACAAGAAUGAAGCCAUGCAAGAGCUACGGUGGCACUACUUUGAUGAAUCAUUAUUACGCCAAGUUUGGUCCGAAGGCUACCAUUACAAAGAGGUCUUCCAAAAGACCAAUUUCACCUUCUUUUGCUACUAGUCAUGUUACCAUGCUUCUCAAUGCAUAGAAACUUUCUUACUCUUUUAUUUUAGAGGGUUUUCUUUGUAAUUACAGAGACUAGAAAACCCUUUUGAAAUUUGUACUUUUUCUGUUUAUGGGAUAUAUGUUAAUUAAAGUAAAUAUUGAAGCACUU